UACAACUCCAGGCAACUCCAGUACACUCGCGAAAUAUACCCAAUCCAGGUACCUUACCACCCAAUCCACUUCGAAAAUCGAUGCCUCUUCCAUAAAAGCCCCCCGGACGGGUGACCCCCCUGUGUAUGGUCUAUCUGCAUAUCUGUGGUAUGCAAGUAGGGGAAUACUUGGAGUAGAAUCCGUAGGGGUUCCCGUACUUACUAUUACUACCAAGAUCGAAUCCAUUGCUAUUAGAAAACCUACAUCUGCUCCCCAAUGCCAUUUUCCAGCCAUCCUUCUGCUUUUUAGCACAUCACUAAAAGAGGUAUGCUAUGCUUACCAUGGCCGACACGUCUAGAAUUCCUCGACAGUCGCCCAUCAACAACGAUGAGAAUAUUGGGCCCCCAUUUCGAUCUUUCGUUAUUGUUCUAGUCAUCAUAACCAUCUUAUCAACCAUCGUACGAUUCUGGUCGCGAAGUAUAGUAAAGCCGAACCAAAGGCAGCCUAAGCGCUUCUGGUGGGAUGAUUGGACCUUUCUAGCUGCUGCUACGUUACUAUUGAUACAGCUAUCAUGUACGCUUGCCUUGGUUGAUGCCGGCUUGGGUCGCCAUGUCACGGCCCUGUCGCCUGAGGCUUUACUAGCCUGCUCGAAACUCAUCGUCGUCAUUUACUACGUUUACGAUGUUGCUCUAUUCACUAGCAAAGUUUCGGCACUGUUGUUCCUCAGCAGGAUAUUCCCCAAGUAUACGAAUCCAACUUGGUUCAACACCGCGCUUUACGUAGCGCACGGACUUAAUGUUACUUGGCUCAUCGCUAUUCUCUUCGCGACGAUAUUCCAAUGCAACCCGGUUCAAAAGGCUUGGAAUCCGGAUCCGAAUCUACCCGGAAAGUGCAGUUCGAACGCCGUUCUACUGACUGGAAGCGCGUUGCCUAGUGUCGGUAUUGACCUCUUUAUCUUAUUACUGCCGAUGCCGAAGAUCUGGCGACUUCAAAUGAGCCUGGCGCGCAAAGCCGGUAUUACACUCGUAUUUAUCCUUGGUUAUUGCGCUAUUGUUGUGUCACUAGGCCGAACGAUUACCAUUCUCACAACUGGUGGAGAUUUGAACGCGGAUAUCACAUACGGCGGAUUGCCAGUCCUUUAUUGGUCCUCGGCUGAAAUACCGACGAUAGUGCUCUGCUUAUGUCUCCCUUCUGUACUCCCGCUAGGUCGUCACCUCAAGCACCAAAUCAAGAAUCGUGUUCCGUUUCUCUCUAAUGAUGGCACUCUGGGAAGCAGCCAAACUACGACACUAAAGAGCAGCACUGGGGAAUUUUACCAUUCGAGCGAUGUUCAGGGUAUCCACGAAUUAAACGGAAGGAGGAAGACAGCGAACCUUUCUGAUGAGGUUCUGGUUGGGGCUAAAGGAACACGGGAAUUAGAAGAUACAGGUACUCACGCGCCCUUAAAACUAUCGGCCGCUGGCGAAACUCACACCACCCAGGUGCACAGCUGGGAGUCUCCUGGGGAGAGAACUUACAAUCCGCUUGAUAACUCAAUACACGUCGAGGACGAGUUCAGCAUCACCUAUCACGAAUCACGGCGUACAUGAAGGAUGCCCACGGUAGGGCUUAUUGGUGUUAUUUGGAAUAUUGUAUUUAAGGGCAGGCUUGUGUGAUAUUUGGUACACAUUUUGAUUCCCCCAUGUUUUGGGAUGGGGUUCCGGGAAAGCUGGACAUAUCAUAAGGGCUAUGGACAUACGGACAAAAUCAAGGGUAAUGAAAUCCUGUAAAAUUAUUCGAUGACGGUAUAUAAUGAUAUCUUUCAUGAUUUUCAAA